AUGGCUGCAUGCAUUCCCCAGCAAAAGAAGGCUUCGCCCAUCAUCGAAUGGAACCCUACAGAUAUCUUCCGCCCUCCAUCCAGUAACGCACCUCCCGACUACGCCCUUCUCAUCCUCAACCAGCCCAUCCACAAUCAUGUCGGCAUGAUCAAGAGACUAUGGAAUAAUGCCAUCUUUCAUAUAGCCGCCGACGGUGCCGCCAACUGCCUCCACGAUGCGGCCGGCAUUCAUUCCGACCCCUCCUUUGACGACCUCGACGUUAUCAUCGGUGACCUGGAUUCCAUCAGCCAAGUGGCGCGCACCUACUACGAGACCCCUCCAAGACGCACCAACGUGAUAUACUACCGCGAUGACUACUCGACCGAUUUCGCCAAAGCAGUUGAGCACACCCGCGCGAAAUAUCGUCCCUCUCUCAAGGGGAAGGACAUCGUCGUUGUUGGCAGCCUCGGGGGCAGAGUUGACCACGGCAUAUCCCAGCUUCACCACUUAUAUCUGUUUCAGCGGGACCCCGACUAUAACGAAGGCAAGAUGUACUUCUUCAGCGGCGAGUCUUUGACCUUCAUGCUCAAAGCAGGCAGAAAGCACGUCAUCCGGGUGAGGGACGGUCCGGCAGGGGAGAAGGACGUGUUCGCAAAGUGGGUAGGCAUUCUGCCUAUGAAAGAGCCGAGCUACAUCACGACCAAGGGCCUGGAAUGGGACGUAACGGACUGGCCGACGGAAUUUGGGGGGCAGAUGAGCACCAGCAACCACAUCCUGCCCGAGACCCAAGUCAUCGAGGUAGAAGCAACUAAGGAUGUGCUAUUUACUAUGUCGCUGAGGGAAAACUAG